AUCAGAUGACGCGAACGCGACCGAAGUUCAGUUCAUCUUCCUUGUGGUGAUUGCGGUAUUUGCGGUGCUCUAGCUUGUGAAUAUUGCGAACUUAUUAUCUGUACGUGGUAAUUCUCGUGUUGUGAAUUUAGUGAUAAAGCAAAGUGGCUCUACUUGCUUAUUUCUAUUUUGUGAUAUUGGUUCAUCGGACUGAGCUUACAUGAUUGGAUUACCGCGUAGCGAUAAAGAUAGAGAUCGUAUAACGGUGAAAAUACGUAAUAUGAAGAGAAGUUCGUCCCGGGAUAGUAUGCCGCGAUCGAAGCGGACGCGCAGUAGCAUAGGCAGGUACGACGACAGCUCCGACGAACGCGUCACCCCCGAGAGGGUGCGCCGUCGAGUUCGCUCGCCGAGCCCGCGAGGUCGGUAUGUUUCGCCGCACCGCGAUGACUACGUGCGCUCCCGAGAGUUGCGGGAGGAUUCUACCCGUCCUUAUUACAAGGUGCUUUGUGUUAGCGCGCUACAUCCAAAAGCUUCCGACGAGAUAGUCAAAGAUACCUUAUAUAGAGAGUACAAGAAGUUUGGAGAUUUUAGCAUAAAAAUUUCUCAUGAGUUGGACGAAAGAGUGGCUUAUGUUUGUUUCCGCAGCGCUGAAGACGCUAGGGACGCCAAACACGCUAAACCGCGUAUAAUUCUUUAUGACAAAGUUGCUAUCGUAGAUCCAGUCUACGAACCUGUGAGAUCGGAGUAUAGAAGCAGGCCAAGAAGCAUCACUCCACCAGAUUAUGACCGUCCAUACUCUUACACUUGGUCUCCUGUCCCCGAAAGACGUCGUCCUCCUCCAGAUGAUAGGGCGUAUGGAAUACCACCUACUGUCCCUCAUCAUAGGGACUUCCGCCCUCCAAUGCAUGAGUACCCAAUGGCAGGUCCUCAUGGUCCCCCAAUGCAUCAUAGGCCUCCUAUGCAUCAUCCCCCUCAUCCUCACUACAUGCCGCGACCAUAUAUGCCCAGGCCUCAUCAUCCACCUUUUGAGAAAAUGGAAAAUAAAAAGGAUAAAUUCCCUAACUACUUGCAUCAUGUCCAACCGGAGGAUGAUCCUCUGGCAACCCGAACAUUGUUUGCCGGUAAUUUGGAAAUCAACAUAUCAGAUGAAGAGCUCCGCCGUAUAUUUGGACGAUUUGGUAUUGUUGAAGAUAUUGAUAUCAAGCGCCCACCUCCUGGCACAGGCAAUGCCUUUGCUUUUGUAAGGUAUCAGACUUUGGACAUGGCUCAUAGAGCUAAAGUAGAGCUGUCUGGACAAUAUAUUGGUAAAUUCCAGUGCAAAAUAGGAUAUGGUAAAGCAACUCCUACAACACGAGUAUGGGUUGGAGGUUUAGGUCCUUGGACUUCAGUUGCACAACUAGAGAGAGAAUUUGACAGGUUUGGAGCUAUAAAGAAAAUAGAAUAUGCAAAAGGUGAAGCCCAUGCAUACAUUUUGUAUGAUUCAAUAGAUGCUGCACAAGCUGCUGUAAAAGAGAUGAGAGGUUUUGCUCUUGGAGGACCAGAUAGAAGGCUUCGUAUAGAUUUUGCUGAUGUGGGCAAUGGUGGGCCAUACAGGCCAAAGCCUUAUGUGCCACCAGUGGGUGAAGAUGGAAGACCUGUUGAGGGCUAUGAAGGUUAUGAAGGAACAUGGGAAGAUGGUUAUGCUUAUGGAACUCCUGGUUAUAGAGGAAGAGGAGGACAUCGUGGGCGCGGACGUGGGAUGUACAGAGGCGUGUAUCAUGGCAGUGCAGACUAUAGAGAUGAGGAGUGGAGAAGGGCCCCAGUGGACAGUGAAUACGAAAGUCGCAUACGACGUUCUGGGUCGCGAGAGCCGGGAGUAGACCGCUCGCGAUCGCGCUCUCCACGUCGCAGGUCCCCUGACAGUGAUUCAGAUGGCUCUCCCCGCAGAACUGGUGGCAUGCUUGCAUCUGCCAGAACUCUACCGGAAGUAGUCCGUAAGGCAACCACAAUAUGGAAUGGAGCACUCAUCCUGAAAAACUCUUUAUUCCCUACCAAAUUCCAUCUCACUGAUGGUGAUUCAGAAAUCAUUGACAGUCUCAUGAAGGAUGAGGAUGGCAAGAACCAACUGAGAAUCACACAGAGGUUGCGCUUGGACCAGCCGAAGUUAGAUGAUGUUCAGAAGCGCAUAGCUACAUCUAGUUCACAUGCAAUUUUCUUGGGAGUGGCAGGAUCAACAGCUUCUAUUACAAAUGAGGAUGCCAGUAUUCAGACCCGGCCAAUGAGAAAUUUGGUGUCAUAUUUGAAGCAAAAGGAAGCUGCUGGUGUGAUAUCCCUUCUGAACAAGGAGACAGAAGCUACUGGAGUGUUAUACUCAUUUCCUCCUUGUGAAUUUUCAACUGAACUCCUUAAGAGGACCUGUCAUAACUUAACUGAAGAAAGUCUUAAAGAGGACCACCUUGUUAUUGUGGUAGUCCGUGGUGGUUCUGCUUAAUUUUGUUAAUUUUGACGACUUAUUUUUUUAUUUUAUAUUUAUAUACUUUAGUUUCGUAGAGUAGGGUUUAUAAGUUUCUUAUAUUUUCAGAUUGUACCAGAUUUAUGUAUACAUGUGAUGUGUAGUGGUGUGAGGUGUUCACUUGUGAAGUUUUCACAGAUCUUGUUUAAUUUGUGCAAGUGCUGUGUAAAUCACAGUUUUAAUUUUUAGUGUACCAGCCAUAAGGCUGGUACACUAAAAAUUAAAACUGUGUGUACACAAAAAUAAUUUUGUGAACAUAAUGUAAAACCUAGCUAGUUUUGCUAGUAUUAUUGAUCAAUAUAAAUUUUAAAUUACAAGUGUAUUUAUAAUUAAAAAAAGUUCUAGUGUAUUCAGUGUAUUGUAGGUGAUGUGUAGUGUAAGUGUGUGUAAUUUUAAAUAGAAAAUUAAAUCUUA